AGGGCGCGGCGUAGAGAAGACACGAGAGGGUAAAGUGGCACCACCGGCUCACACAUCCCGUUUCCCCGGUCUUAUCCAGCUGUCUUCCGCCGCUAGCCGUCAUACAACAAGAGGACCGCACUGCUUUGAGAGUUGGGAAUCUAUAUUGUCUUUGGCAAGAUGGACAAGGCUAAACAAUUCAAAUGGAAGUUCCUCCUUCUCUUUGUUGCUACCCUCCUCUUUAUCCUCUGUACCACUAUGAGGACACCCGGGACAUACAUGGCCAACCCAAACCUGGAUGGACCUCCGAAAACGUGCCCUUUGCGGAUCUCUGAGCAGACCAUCACCCCCCUCAACAACACCAAGCACUUACUGGUGUCAGCCUACAUGGACCAGCGACAGAAAGGCUUCGAUAUACGCAUAAUUGGCAUAUUUAAGAGAGACUCCAUCCAACACCUUUACUGUCUUUUCUGCUGUGCAGGCCGGUUAUCAAGUAAAACAAGUCCAACAACAAUUGUACAGCACACAGACAACUUUGGUUUCCCCUUUAUCACCACAGAUAUAAUGUGUCACAUUCCUCAAAACUGCAUUGCGACCCAUGUCAGUCUCCUGACUCAGCCAGACAACGUGACAGUAUUUAACCAUACUUGGCUUCCUAUUAGAAACCAGAAGACCAAUGAGAAGAAGGAGAAACCGUUGCAGUUUAACUUCACUGUCUGCAUCUCCAACCUGUUUGGAGACUACAACAAUGUGCUUCAGUUUGCACAGACCCUGGAGAUGUACAGGUUGCUGGGUGUGGACAGAGUGGUGAUCUAUAACACCAGCUGCGGCCCAGACCUCGACCGCCUGCUGCAGAGCUACAGCCGGGAGGGCUUCGUGGAGAUGGUUCCUUGGCCCAUCGACCAACACCUGAAUCCAUCUCGAGGCUGGCUCUUCUCGCAGAGCGGAGGGGACGUGCACUACUUUGGCCAGCUGACCACGCUUAAUGAGUGCAUUUACAGAUCCAUGGACCGCUCACGCUACGUCCUGUUGAACGACAUCGAUGAGAUCAUAAUGCCAUACCAACACAACAACCUGAUGUCUCUGAUGGACAUGCUCCAACAGCAGCAUCCAAAUACAGGAGUGUACCUCAUUGAGAACCAUAUCUUCCCCAAGAAACAUUUUGAGCCAAGUGGGAGGUUUCACCUGCCUCAGUGGAACGGGGUGCCAGGCAUUAAUAUUCUGGAGCACAUCUACAGGGAGGAGCCCAACAGAAACAUAUAUCACCCCCACAAGAUGAUACUUCAGCCAAGGUUUGUGGAGUCGACGUCAGUGCAUGAAGUGCUCAAGUAUACUGGACAACGGUUCAAGGUUCCAAUGGACGUCUGUCGGAUCAUACAUGUCCGCGUGGCUUUGCAGGGGUCGUUAACGUUACAAGAUCUCCACGAGGACAAACGACUGUGGGACUUCCAAGAAAAACUGAUUCCCAAUGUGGACAACGCACUGAGGAGAGUGGGGCUGCUGAGCUCAGAGGGGCACAACUGAUGGAUGGGAUGAACUUACACUCAGAUGGACACACACGCCUUCAACAGGUUGAAUGUGACCCACUGGGAUAUUUCAUAACAUCCUGGUUAAAUCUGUGGGAUUGUUUUUCUGAAAUAUUGCUUUAUUUUGCACUAAAGUGCCACCACACUCCCCACCCUCAACAACAACUGCCGUAAUGCAGGUGCUGAUGCUAAGAACUACACCAAAUUAAAUGCUGCUUAGUGGCUGAUAUUUUAAGAAUGCUCAACUUAACUCUCUUAGGCUGUACUUAGGCACAGCGGUAUUAGAAAAAUCUAAACUUUUAAUUAUCAAAGUUAAUACAUUCUACCUUUUGAGGGAGAUGAAUGUCUGAACCAAAAUUCAUAGCAGUGAAGUUAUGGC